UCGGAAAGCAAUCUUUAUACGGUGGGUUUUGAAUUUCUGUUGAACAAUAAAGAAGCUGACAAAGAGGAGCAAGAUAUCAAGACAAAGAUCUUCUUUUGCAUCAAGACAAGAACUAAAAGUGUUCAUCGUAAAUCAAUCUUCAGAAUUAUUCAGACAAGUCUCUCUCUCUCUCUCUCUCUCUCUCAAGACCGUAUCUUUCCGGCAAAGCUUAAACCCCUCACCACAGUCAAGUGUGAAAAAAUCAGAUGAACUCACAUCUCUUCCGCGUAAUCUGUAUCCUCCACUCGGUAAUCGCACUCACGAGUGGGACCCUGAUGAUGUUCUACACAGAGAAAGCAUCCAUCUUUGGCCACGGCAGCGACAUAGCCAACAAGCUCAAAGGCUCGACGCCUCACGACGAGCUGCUAAUCCAGAUCUCUCAGUCUUUCUCCGGUUUGCUCCUCUUUGCCAUCGGUUUGGUGCUGUUCAUGGUGUCGUUUGUUAAGGACAGAGAGUUUCACGGCUUCUUCGCCGGAGGAUCUGUGGUUCUCUAUGUGCUUAUGGCUCUGUGGAGAGUUGUGUUUGAGUGGAAGAUCGAAGAUCUUGCGUUUGAGUGUCCUAAGCAAGCGCUUGGGGAUAUUGCUUUGGCUGUUUCUUGGGUGUUCUUCCUAGUUUAUACUUGGAGGGAGAAGUAUGAUUGAUUGAUGCAAAAAAAAGAAAAAGAUGAGGGCUUUUAUGCAAAACUGGAGAUUUAAGAGAACCACUAGCUUGUGUAGAUCAUUACUAUUGUCAGUUUCAUAGUUUGUCAGAAGAAGAUCAAGUGUGAAAAAAAUUGGAUUUUGUAGUUGAAAAUUAGAGAAAAAUUGUCAAUGAUAAUAAUUUGGUUGUUUCAUCUGAAAAGCACAUUGUA